AUGACAGGCUGGAUGAACGCUGCGGUCGGUAUCGGUCAAUACGGACAGCAUAUGACUGAAGCUGAGCGGCAGGUCGAACUUGCCCGACUCUGGCGGAACGCCGGUCCUGCUCAGCUAGAACGGGCUGGAGAGCCUGCUCAAGCACCUGCUGUACCUCCUCCUCCUCCUCCUCCUCCGAACCAACCUGCUCUGGCUCAUCCUCCUCCGAACCAACCCGCUCUAGCUCAUGCUCCAAAUGCUCUGGCUCACCAUGAUCAUCCGCUCCAGCAUCCAGCCGCCCCACUCCAUCAUCCUUACGUUUACGGAGCUCAACACUACGGCGCUGUACCAGCUAUGCCCUACUUUGGCCACCAGCAAGCCCCUUAUGGCUAUCCGCAUUACUACUACCAGCAAGCACAGCCAGCUCCUCAGGCUCAAGCGUACUACCCGCACCAAAACCCCAUCCCCGCUUAUGGCCAACCCGUUCCACCCGUCAACCGCAUACAGCAUCGACCUCCGACUGCUGCAUUGCCUGCACCCGUUGUACCCUCGCAGCAAGGUCCAACUCGGUUCCUCCCACGUCCAGGAACCGCCACACCAAAUAUUCACCUUGGUGAAGGUGUCUACAUGGUCCGUGCAUGGAUUGCGAACCCUGUCGCGCAAACCUCUUUACAAUUUGCUACAAAUGAGAGUUGGUCAACAUUCUCCGAACGCUGCCGCACAAAACUCGAUGACCCAAAUGCCGUACUCGGGUUUAGACUCACCCUUGACCCCAAGCGCAAGGCACCGUUCGCCCUGACCGACGAGGAGGAGUUUCGUGAGGCUAUGAGUCGUUUGGCGAAGAUGUGUUCUGCAUCUUCGUCCGUUGAGAAGGAGAUCUUCAUCGAGAAUACGCUUUACGUUCAGCGUAAGGAUGCUGAACCUCUGACUGCCAACGCGAAGGGAAAGAAGCGCUCACGCAAUGACGACAUUCCCCCUUCCAUGCCCGAGGACCUCGACGACAUCGACAAGGCGAACUGGGCAUCCCUUGAGAAUGCCCUCAGGUGCGAGCAACACACACGCUCAUGUGUCAUCGACAAGAAGGGUGGGCCAGAUAUACACAUUCCAAUCAGCUAUAACUUCAAAGAGAUCUGGAUCAAGUACAUCAGAAACGGCAGAGCAACGGUCAUUUCGCCUCCUCACUGCCUCUUCCUCGAGAUCGAGAAGUUGAAGAGGCGUAUGCGAGCGGAGAAGGCCAGCAUCACCGGCAUCACUCCAAGGAUCGUAUCGGAGGUUCAUCUGAAUAUCAACAGCAAUGGCAUGUUUUCCGUACCACAGCCACACCAGGGCCGCACUUCCUCUCCCUUACCAUCCUCGUCACAGAACGAGUCCAGCGGGUACUACAGCUUUCCCGGCAGUCUUCCUUCCACACCAGUCCCCAAGCGCCCUCGAUCCUCGCUCAUGCCCAGUCCUCACCACCGCCGUCUCUCUUCACACACGUCAAUCACAUCCCACUCUCCUCCCUUACCUGCUCCACAGUUCACAUCUGGAUCAACGCCACACUAUCCGACCGUGCACGAUGCACUCGUUCAACUCCAUGAGUGCAACCCCGGUGCUGGAUAUCUGGACAUGGAGAGUGCGCUAUUGAGCAUCGGUCUCGAGUACGUGGAUCAGCUGUCGAAGGCGGAUGUUGGUUUCCUUGAGGGAUGUACGGGUCUUCGGACUGAGGAGUUGGAGAUGGCCUGCAUAUUUGCGAUGACCGAGGUUGAGCGGGUUGACGAAGAGGAGGUUAUCGUUAAUGCUCACCAACAGAAGGCGGACUGGAGCGAGCAAAUUUUCGAGGAGACGGAGAACUAUCGCAAUGGGUCGGAGGGGUCGAUUGCUGCAGGAGAUGGUGGUAGUUGGGAGAACUUUGACUUUGGUGGAACAGAGAAUCAUGAGCACUUCUCGAGUGGAGAUGAGCUAUUGGAAAAGUGA